AUGCCAUCUAAAGAACGUGAAGUUCUCGACGAAGAGGGCCGGUCCCGCGAGAAGCGUCAUCGAAGCAAGUCGGAGAAGAGUAGGUCGGAACGAGAUGGGAGCAAAACGCACAGAUCCAAGAGGUCAUCCCGGAGCAAGCCUGCGGACAGCGAUAUCCAGUCUACAUCGACUAGUCACCGUCGACGUCGGCGGUCGAGAGAGGAUGGGUCCACGAGAGAAAGGAGGGCGUCUCUGACGGAGUCACAGCUCGAGGAGGACAGGUCCGUUUUUAGUGUCGCCGACCGAAUUUCGAUGCCGUAUCCCUCCUUCAGUAAGGCGCACAGCAAGGAGUCGGUCGUCAGCCGGGACAAUGGCCCUACCUCGAAGAAACAGGCCCUCCGAGGUUCGAUCGACAGGCUCGAAGAGGGACGGCCGACCACCGACGCCCCCGACACCGAACUUACGUCUCAAGAGAAGUCGAGAUCCAAGACUCCCGAGUCGGCCAUCAAGUCGAGCGUAGAGAGGCGCCCUAGCUCGAGGGUUUGCUCCACCACCUCUGGGGAUGCAUCGAGGGUCGGACCUACGUCUCGGGUCAGCACCGCCAAGUCGUCGUGUCUUUCUAGCCAAGCGACCUAUCCCCCACUCACCGGCGCAGAGACCCUUUUCGCACCUUUCUUUAACCUCCUCGAUAAGUAUGGCACCGUAAUCAAUAAGCAUGGCUCGAUUGCCGUGGCAACGGGCCAUCGGUCUGUUGCAAGGAGGUUACUUGACCGGCUUGAACACGUCUUCUCCCGAGACCUUCCGGAGCAGGGCUGUGCGUGCAUCAUCUGUGAACGGGCCGAGGGCGAACAACACGGUCUGAACUGGGGCGAGGUCCUUGAAUGGGUCAGCGGCCGCAUCGACCUCCCUCAGUGGCCACCAUUCGAUCUCGCUGAGCUCAGCGCCAAGGCUGCGGAGAGCAAGAUGAACCUUCCAAGACGGCCAAAUUCACCCAUUAAGCUUGACCCCGAUAUCGCCGAGGAAUGGAGGGAUCACUAUUUGAGACAGUCGAAAAAGGUCAGGCAAGCGGUAGACAAGUGGCUCCACAACUGCGGAGACGUGGCGGCCCCACCGCCGCAGGAAGUCGACGAUGAGACGCUCACGUUUGCCAUUCUCACGAACCUUGAUGCCGAGGAUCGGCCCUACUUUAACGCCUUGUUCUCAGGCUCUAAGGAGCUGCAACCGGCUCUCCGAGCGCCAACGCCUAUCCGAAAGCCUCGUACCGACUUCUUGGUCAAGACAGGCUUGUCGCUACAACGCCUCUAUCGACUUGCACAAGCGCCGAGGGACGCGGAGUCGGUGGUUUAUCUCAUCAAGAAUCGUGGCACCCACGACCUUUUGCACACGAUUUCCGAUAUCAACAAUUCCGAGUGGGAGAUUCUAACAUCAGGGCGCUUUGACGGUUUCCUCUGGUCAGGAGCCGACGGAGACGACAUUGCGACACCCACGGCCACCGAGUCCCGUGGCCCCACGCCGGCGAAUGGUUACUUUUCGGGAUCGAGGCUGAGCUUCAACGGGCGGGCCACUCCUGCGGGCAUGGGGUCCCGGAUGGCAACACCUCUCCGGCCGUAUUCACGAACAAGCGCGGCGACACCCAACUCCUUUAUCAGCAUAGCAUCUUCCAGUCAUCCUAGUCGGCAGGCGGUUUCCAACGAUGAAGAAGCCGAGAUCGCGGCCCUUGCGGAACUAGAGCGCGAAAUCUUUUCGGGUAUGGAGGCGCUAGAGGACGCGUUUGAGGUUCUUCACCGCCGAGCCGAGGAGGUCCAAACGGCCCUGCGGCAGCGCAACGCUGGGUUGAUGCAGAGCCUGCGGUCUCGGAGGCAGAUCAACGUUUACGGGGGCCCGGAGUCUGGGAACUCGCUCGGAUCCGCCGAGUAUGGGUUUUAUGCACCAACGCCAAGUGAGGAUGGUGUCCCUGUAAGCGACGAUGACUGGGGUGCGGAUGAUUUCGAACUGAAGCCCGAAGAUUCGGCGAGUAACAUAAGCAGUUCUCGGCAUCGAAGACCCAAGAGGCGACAGGAGAGACGGACACCUGCGCCCAUCGAGGAGGGCGAGGAGGAAGAUUACUAA